CGGCUCGGCCGCGCAGUGUCCUCCGCGGCUCUUUAAACGGCGGCACCGGCGGCGCCGCUCGACAUGGCGCCCAGGCCCCCGCGCAGGGGUGCUGCCGCCGCCGUUAGGGGGCAACGCGCCAGCCCGGAUCGCGGCGCGGCCCCCGCCGAGCCCCCGCCCGCCGCCCCCAGGGUUGAGUUUGGAGAAGCAGAUUUUGUUGCACUUUGUGACAUUUUAAAAGUUUCGGAUGUCAUAAGAACAAGUGCGUGGAAGACAUAUGAAAAAGUGUCAUCUGUGGUUGGAUCUCUAGAGGCCUACAUCAAAAAGAAGAAGGAGAUAUGGGGAAUCUGUAUCUUUAUUGCAUCAGUUGACCUGGAUGAGAUAACAUUCACUUUUACAGAGCUUCUGAAAAGUAUAGGUCUAAGUGCAUGUACAUUUUUUCAGUUGUUGAAGCAAAUGGAUAGGAACAUGGAUACCAUAAGCACUAAUGUUGAUAGUACUGUAUCACGACUACAGAAGAAAUAUGAAGUAUUACUUGCGCUAUAUCGCAAGUUUGAAAGGAUUUGUGGACUUAUUUAUGUGGCACAGCCUAAUAAUCAAAUUUCUGAUGAACUCAAUUCCAUGUUAGUUCAAAAGAUUUCUUGGAUCACUUUUUUGUUGGCUAAAGGAAAAGUGUUACAGAUGGAAGAUGACCUGGUGAUCUCUUUCCAGUUAUUGCUGUGUGUUCUCGAUUAUUUUAUCAAACUUGCACCACCAGCAUUGCUCAAGGAACCAUACAAAUCUGCUGUGAAUACAGUAUCUAUUAAUGGCUCAACUCGAACUCCAAGGCGAGGUCAGAAUAGGAGCACACGUACAUCAAAGCAAACUGAUACAGAUACAAAAGUUAUUGAAGUCCUUUGUAAGGAACACGAUUGUAAUUUAGAUGAGGUCAAAAAUGUAUAUUUCACAAGCUUCAUUCCAUUCUUGAAUUCUGUUGGUAUUGUAGCUUCAAAUGGACUCCCAGAGGUUGAGACUCUCUCAAGGCAAUAUGAAGAGGUUUACCUGAAAAACAAAGACAUAGAUGCAAGAUUAUUUCUGGACCAUGAUGAAACUCUACAGCCUGAUCACAUAGAUGGUUGCUUACAGUUGGAGAGAACACCAAGGAAAAGUAACCCAGAUGAAGAGUUCAAUCUCAUACUUCCACAGACUCCAGUUCGUGCUGCAAUGAACACUAUACAGCAGUUAAUGAUGAUUUUAAAUUCAGCAACUGAUAAACCGUCAGAGACUCUCAUUUCAUAUUUCAAUAACUGUACAGUGAACCCUGAAGAAGGUAUAAGGAAAAGGGUAGAAGAUCUUGGGCACAUCUUCAAGGAGCAAUUUGCUAAAGCUGUUGGACAGGGUUGUGCUGAAAUCGGCUCACAGAGAUACAAGCUUGGUGUACGGCUAUAUUAUAGAGUAAUGGAAUCCAUGUUAAAAUCAGAAGAAGAACGUCUGUCAGUGCACAAUUUUAGCAAACUUUUGAACAAUAAUGACUUCCACACAUCUCUUCUGGCUUGUGCUGUUGAAGUUGUCAUGGCUACAUAUGGCAGGAAUGCUUCACAAAGCGAUGGUACCAGUGCUGAAACAGAUCUCUCUUUCCCAUGGAUACUCAAUGUAUUUGAUUUAAAAGCCUUCGACUUCUAUAAGGUGAUUGAAAGCUUUAUUAAAGCAGAACCAAGCUUAACAAGAGAGAUGAUAAAACAUCUAGAACGCUGUGAACAUCGCAUUAUGGAAUCUCUUGCAUGGCAAUCGGAUUCACCUUUAUUUGAUCUUAUCAAGCAGUCAAAGGAAAGAGAAGGUCAGGUUGAUCAGCCUGAACCCACUUGCACUCUAAACCUGCCUCUCCAGCAUAAUCACACUGCUGCAGACCUGUAUCUUUCUCCUGUGAGAUCACCUAAGAAAAAAGGAUCUACAGUUCACUUAAACUGUACUCCUCCUACAGAUGCUCAGUUGGCUGUGACCCCCCAGACUCAGAAACCACAGAAAUCUACCUCCCUCUCCCUAUUUUACAAAAAAGUAUAUCGGCUGGCAUAUCUUCGAUUGAAUACCCUGUGCUUUCGGCUUCUCUCUGAACACCCUGAACUGGAACACUUGAUCUGGACCCUUUUUCAGCACACGCUGCAAAAUGAAUAUGAACUUAUGAGAGACAGGCACUUAGACCAGAUCAUGAUGUGUUCUAUGUAUGGCAUAUGCAAAGUCAAGAACAUAGAUCUCAGAUUUAAAAUCAUUGUUUCAGCAUACAAGGAGCUCACCAAUACCAGUCAAGAGACUUUUAAGCGUGUUCUGAUCAGGGAAGGACAAUAUGACUCCAUUAUAGUCUUCUACAAUUUAGUGUUUAUGCAGAAAUUGAAAACGAAUAUAUUGCAAUAUGCCUCCAAUAGGCCUCCUACCUUAUCCCCUAUCCCACAUAUUCCUCGAAGCCCUUACAAGUUUUCUAAUUCCCCUCUCCGUGUCCCUGCUGGAAAUAACAUCUACAUCUCACCCUUGAAGAGUCCCUACAAAGUCUCUGAGGGGCUGCUGUCACCCACAAAAAUGACACCAAAAUCCAGAAUCUUGGUGUCAAUUGGUGAAACAUUUGGGACUUCAGAGAAGUUUCAAAAAAUAAACCAGAUGGUGUGUAGCAGUGACCGUCAGCUGAAACGCAGUGCAGAAGUAAGCAGUGCUCCCAAGCCGCUGAAAAGACUGCGCUUUGACAUAGAGGGACAAGAUGAAGCAGAUGGAAGCAAACAUCUACCAGGAGAGUCCAAAUUCCAACAAAAGCUUGCAGAAAUGACAUCUACUCGAACGAGAAUGCAAAAGCAAAAACUGAACGAUGGAACCGAUACCUCAGCCAGUGAAGAAAAGUGAGCAUCUUCUCAGGCCCCUGUGCAUCACUGCACACCUCUCUCAUUGGUCUUUGUUUCCAGCUACCAUCAUUUAGUUUUGUUUUUAGUAGCUUUUUUUAAUUACCUGCUCCAGUUUCAAAAGUUGGCUUUCUUUUUUUACUUUUAACUGUUUUUCCCAUUACUUUGUCCUAUAUGUAGCAUGUCCACAACAUAAGUCACUGAGUUUAUUUAUAUUUUUUGAGGAUUUUUUACAUCAGCAAGCUUGAAAGAGUUUCUCAGCUUCUUGUUGCAACGUUUUUGGUUUAAUGUCAAUUCAGUCUACUUCAAUUAAUCCCUUCUAAAAUAAAGAUGUUUCAUGUUAGAUAGAAUGAUUUGAAAUGCACUAAUUUUUUUGUUCAUUAGGUUUCAUUUUAAUAUUGGAAUUUGAUGCACUAUUUUGCAUAUUUUGAGAAUUGGGGGCCAGGUACUGCAAAGCUUUCUGACUCUGUAUAUAAAUACCAAGCAAAGUUCAUUUAUUUAACUAUACAGGUAGUCAUAACUGUUUGCAAGAUUAAGUCCUUAUUGUAAGUACAACAAAGCGAAGUGAAAAAUCAUCCUGUAGUCGUACUACUGAAACAGAUGAUCCGUACCUCAGAUGCUUGCCACUUCCAACUACUACCCCACCCCCACCUGUCCUCAGUUUUGGGUAGGAAGGUGUGCUCUUGGUUAUCUGCUAUAGUCAGGUUGGACCUUACUGUGUGCGAAUUACCAAGAGGGGGUAAAUCUGUUCAAGGAACAGAUACUUUUACACCAGGUAUAAAAUAUUCAAAAGUGCACUUUUUAAUUUUUCUGGAUCCUGAAAAAUCAAGAAAUAUACAUGAAUUGCCAGUACCUAAUACAUGGAAAGCUCCAGUGGGAGGUUCUUGCUGUGAGCUUUAAAAUACUCAUUUCCCCGAUUUAGCAAAACUGGAUAUGCUAAGAAAUGAAAACAGAUCCAUAGUUUAAAUAACAUAAACCUCAGUGCCUCCAGCUGGCCUCUCAUGUAGAAAUGCCGGAUUUGUGAAGGUACUAUGCACCUGCAGCCACUAUUGAGCUCAGUGGGAUUUGUGGUGGAGCCAAAUCCAUAUUUAGAUCAAGCCUAUCAUCAAGGACUUGGUUUGGAAACCUGGUCAAAUCGUCUUUAGUCAUAAAAGAGGCACAACUUUUAAGGCUAUUUAUGAAUUGCUCAGGCGAAUUGGAAAACCUUCCCCCCAAUUCUAUUCUUAAAUGACCUGUUCUGUUGCAGGGUUGUUGCCAGUACAAAGGGAUUGUAGAAAAGCCAUUUAUCAAAGGCACGAUUUUCCUUACAGCAGUCUUAAAAAAAAGAAAAAAAUCGAUGACUGCCUUCCUCAAAAUUAUCCAUUCUUUUUUUUAACAGAGACUUAGUUUUAUGCAACUGCUUGAUUUUUAAGCAGCUAUAAUAGGGGGAAAAAAAAGCUGUUUUAUUACACAACCAUGUUUUAAAACCUCUUGUAUAGGUAAUUUAUUUAGAAAAUAGAAGGUACUUAAUUGUAGUAUUUAAACUUUUGCUGUUUUUUUUUCCUCCUGAAGGUCAAUUUGUGUCACUCUAACUCUACUAGUCAAGCAGUUUUAAACACCACAACAAUACAUUGAUUUGGGAAUAGGUACAUUUUGAUAUAAGAUGUAGUUGCCCUCAGUUUUAAGCUCAAACAUGCUUUCAGCUGCGCUACUAAAAAACAUGCAGAAGUAUUAGAGGAAUGUUUCUUUUUCUCACUUCCUUUACAGGCAGAAUAUGUUAUGUGAAAGUGAGGUACACUGACUUUAAGUUUCAUAGUAGCAGUUGCAAAUUUUAAUACUUGCUGGCUAGAGAACUGCAAGGAGUACUGUGUUGCAGUGCUGUAUCUAGACAGGCUAUCAUUUGUUUACUAUGACAAUGUACUUUUUCUUUGUUCAGACAGACCAAAACUUUUACAUUAUGUGUAUGAUAUUAUUUUGUACAACUAAUCAGUUUCACUCCUUUCAGGAUAAAUAAAAUAGCUUUUAAAAAGUU